CACACUUUGAAACAUGCUGUGUGUUAUUGCCUCGGCUAUGUUUUAUUCUAAUUCUUCACACUCUGCCCUAAUGAGAAAAUCUGGACUCUUACAACCUGAAACUCGUAGUUUGUGUUGCUCCGACGGGACCGAUCCACAGAAAUACUGGAAAUAAGCCUGCGCUUCACUCUUCCUGACCAAGCUCGAUCCAAGAAACCUCAUAACCUCAUCAGACGUGGCAAAGCUCGUGGAGCGACCCGGAGGACACGUGCAACUUUCUGCAGCGGCAGGAAAACGGUGUUCAUCAGGCUUCGUGCGUCAGAUGCUGAAGACGCCUCAGCAUCAACUGAUCAGCGAAGAGAUUACGCGCGCCGUGAAACGCGAGGAAGCCCGAGCUCAGCCUCUGCGCGCGCGCACCCAGCCAGUCGCGAGAAAUAAACAAGUACUCGCACGUGCAUGCGCCACUCACGCGUUUCCCAAUCAACAGCAUCAGGAAACGAGCUUGAGGCGAGAGAGACUGGCACAGAAGCGUUACCGGCCGCCGGGGGAGCGUGAAACAGGACUCCUCCACAGUACGAGGUGUUGUAACGGAGGACAAUCAUUCGACACAAAAGCGGUGGCGUGAGCCCCGGAGACGUCACCAGGCCCCGCCUCCAAUUAUAAGAUCAAUUGUUCGAUUUCUUUCCCUCAAUAGAUGUUUGAAGGCGUUAUGAGACUGUCACACGCGCAGGACGCGCAGCUGGCGGAGACACCGACACAUCUGGAUAAGUCCGACUGAAGAAGUGGGUUUAUAUAAUUAUUUUUUUAACCUGGUUAUUUCUCAAACCUCGAGAAGUGUGAAUAUGCGUCGCACCUCAGCCCUGCUUGGCUGGGCGCUGUGCUUGUGCGCAUCUUUGGUCGCGGGCGCACGGGACUUCACCGAGGACGCCGAGGUGACGUUGGGUCGGGUCCGUGAGGACGGGACCGAGCCCGAAACCGGAGCCGAGCCCGGUGCCGAGUUCCUCAGGUGCAACAAGGCGGCGUGGCGCGUGCCCGGCAAGUACCUGCUCAUACUGCGUCAGGGGACGCACGAGUCGCACGUGCAGAGGACCAUGCGGAGGCUCCAAGGCAAAGCGGCCCGGAGAGGCUCCGUGCUGGAGGUGCUGCACACCUACUCAGGGGCCGUGAGAGGCCUCCUGGUCAGGACGAGCAGCGACGUCCUCAACCUGGCUCGGAGGCUCCCUCAUGUGAGCUACGUGGAGGAGGACUCGUCCAUCUUUGCUCAGAGCGUCCCCUGGAACCUUCAGAGGCUCCUGCAGCCUCACGGCGGCGCCUCCGAGAACGGGACGUACCAGCCGCCCAACGAUGGAGCCUUGGCGGAGGUGUUCCUGAUGGACGGCAGCGUGCAGAGUUCUCACAGGGAGCUGGAAGGCCGGGUGCGUCUCACAGACUUCAGCAGCGUCCCUGAGGAGGACGGGGUCCGGCUUCACAGACAGGCGGCUCAGUGCGACGGCCACGGCACACACACGGCCGGGGUGGUGAGCGGGUCGGACUCCGGCGUGGCCCGCGGCGCCGGCGUGAGCCUCGUGCGUGUGCUGAACUGUCAGGGCAAAGGGACCGUGUCCGGGGCUCUGGCAGGUGGGUCUCCUGGAUCUGCGCUCGCGGCGCGACCUCUGCGUGACCUCCGUCUGGUCUCUCUCCCCUCAGGCAUGGAGUUCAUCCGAGCGGCGCUGCGGGCCCGUCCAGCGGGCGCCGCCGUGGUUCUGCUGCCGUUCGCCGGCGCCCUCAGCCGGUCGCUGAACGCGGCCUGUCGGGACCUGGUGGCCGGAGGGGCGCUGGUGGUGGCUGCGGCCGGGAACUACAGGGACGACGCCUGCCUCUACUCCCCCGGAUCCGAGCCCGAGGUCCUCACGGUGGGAGCGGUGAACUCUGCAGACCAGCUCGUGUCUCAGGGCGCCGGCGGCACCAACUACGGCCGCUGCGUGGACGUGUUCGCGCCCGGAGACGACAUCAUCAGCGCCAGCAGUGACUGCAGCACCUGCUUCACGUCGCGGAGUGGAACCUCGCAGGCCGCUGCCCAUGCUGCUGGUGUGGCAGCAGUGAUCCUGUCGUCCAACCAGAACGCUUCGCCGCUGCAGGUCCUCCACGCGAUGCUGCGUUACUCCAUCAGCAACACCAUCGACCUCCUGUCUCUGCCAGAGCCUCACCGCCUCGCUACGCCCAACCUGGUGGCGGCCAUGCCCCCCGCCGUCCACACCCAGGGAGCGCUCCUGUGUCGCUCGGUGUGGUCGGCGAGGUCGGACUCCGCAGACGCACACAGAGCCAUCGCUCGCUGUCGCCGGGGGGAGGAGAUGAUGGGCUGCGGCAGCUACAGCCCUGACGGCGCCCGCGCGGGAGAAUCCCUCACUGUGAGCGGCGGGCGGGCGGAGUGCGUUGCCGGCGCCGGGGGCGGAGGCGUGUACGCCGUGGCCCGGUGCUGUGCCGUGGCUGGUCUGCGGUGCCAGGUUCACCCCAGUCCCAAACCCGGCCUGGACGCAGGGUGCGCUCAUCCCCAGCAGCAGCUGACAGGGUGCACCUCCUGGUCCGAGGCUACGGCCCUGACCGACUCCCGGCCGCAUCACGGCGGUCGGAGGCGCUGCGCCGUGGGAGAAGGGGUGACGUCACACGCUCUGUGCUGCCAAGCUCCAGCUUUGGAGUGCCUCACGUCGGAGAACGGAGCAACCGGAGAACAGGUGGAGGUCUCGUGCCCCUCGGGCUGGACUCUGACCGACUGCAGCGCAGCUUCUCAGUACUCUUCAACCGUGGGGACAGUUGCCACGGGCAACAGUUGCCACGUCCGUAGCAGCGCCGGAACCGAUAAGACGGCGGGCAUCGCUGUCUGCUGCCGCGUCCGACCGCCGGAGGAGCCCGACGCGGCGCCUCGCUGAUCCCAUCUCCCCCCGCGCUGAUGCCAGUCGCCUUGUGAACAGUGACGCCGUGUCGUGUUCGUCUUUCAUGUUUGACUGGAAGCGGCUUCAGCUGUAGAUGUGGGCUAAAAGCACAUGCAUUCAGUAUUCCUGCCUACUGUUUGUUGGCUUUUUGAAAUCUGUUUGUAAACUGUAGCUGAAUAUUUUUGUAUAUUUUUAAGAAACAAUAAAAUCAGCUUUCCAAACAUA